AGCUGAAAGAGAAGUGUCAUGGAAGGUUUCUGGUGAUUAAAAAGAUGAACUUUAUUACUUUAUUUUGGUUCCACAAACCGAGAGGAUAAAUUACAACCAUUCUCAACAUUUCGUAUUUCCUCUUCUAAACAAAUUCCAGAGAAAUUACGCCUUUACUAGACUGUGUCAGGCGAGAACUUGAACAUCAGAGAGUUAGUAAAACGAACAGUUUGUGCCAGUGAAAGAAAAAGUGGGGUGUGUUGUUUUGACUAGAUCUUAGCCGAAAGUGAAAGCCAAGACUAGGAUUAUUGUAGAAUCUACCUGAGGAUGAGUUCGGCAAGUGGCCGGACAAGGACAAAUGUCCGACAGUAUUCGGCAGAAGAUCAAGCUUUGAACAGAAUAUCUGAAGAGGCUGAGUCCAGGUUGGCAGCUAAACGAGCUGCCAGAGCUGAAGCCAGAAAUAUUCGUACAAAAGAAAUAGAAAAACAACAAAAAGAGGCUGAAGAGAGAGAAGCCAAUCAAGCAUCAAAUAAUGCCACAUCCAAGCAGACGCGUGAUAAUGUUUCCACAAGGCGAGGUAGCGGAGAUUCCACGGAGAGUGAUACGUCUAAAGAUCCCAAAGAUAGAAAUUAUAAGGCUGAGUUACGUGAACUGGAAGAGAAGUUUAAAACUGCCAUGGUUACUAGUGCCCAGUUAGAUAAUGAGAAACAGUCGUUAGUUUAUCAAGUUGAAUUAUUAAAAGAUCAGUUUGAGGAACAUGAAGAGGGAUAUAUAGAAUUACAGAGGGAAUAUAAAAAUAAAUGUAGUGAAUUUGAAAUGCAGAAGAGAAGUUUAAAAGAAUUAACGGCUGAACAUAGUUUAAUGAAAAGUCAGGUGGAAUACCUGGAUAAAUUAUUAAAGGAAAAUGGUCUUGUGAUAAUUACUGCAGAAUCCGGUGAAAUGUCCUUACAGAAAGACCAGUCAUCAAUUCCAGCAGGUCCCAUUUCCACAGGAGCCGCCCUGUUAUCGGCAGAAACAAUAGAAAUUUUAAAGAAAGCUGGAGAGGGUUCGCUAGACGAUUGUAGCAUUGAUGAGAAAUUACGGACAUUAGCUGCUGAGAAGAAACAAUUAUCUAGUGAGAUCCAGAAAUUAAAGAAUGAAGUAGAAGAAAGUAAAUCUAAGAAAACGGAGAAAUCAUCAGACGUACCAUUAGCUAACGGACCUGAACAACAAUUAUACGAAGUACAACGUGAAGCUAGUAAACAAAUACAUGAUUAUAAAUGUAAGUUACAGAAAGCAGAUCAAGAUUUAGCAACAUUAGAGGGAACAGUAAACCGGUUAGAAACACAGAUUAAACGAUAUAAAACAGAUUCAGAAUCUUCUGAAAAAUUAGAAGAUGAAUUAAAGACAGAGAAACGACGGCUACAGAGAGAGUUACGUGAGGCCCAGACACAAGUAGAGGAAUUAACCAAUCAGAACAAACAUCUUGUAAAACGUUUAGAAAAAAUAAAACAGACGCGAACAGCGUUUGGUAUUCCGACAUGAGACGAUUAAUAGUUUAACAUCUUCUAUUUUAAACUCUAUAAUUGAUUGAUUAACAUUACCUGAAGAGAAUGAAGCACUGCUUGACAAAUUGAUUAGUAUUACAUUACACAGAACGGCUGUUCAGUUGAGCAUUGCUUUCGGUUUUAUGUUACACCAAACAGCUAUUUAUUGUGCCAGAGAUUAAUGCAUUGCAAGGACCUUGUUUUGUAUCUGUGGAUAAAGGGAAGGAAUGGAAGAUGUACAGAAUGAAUUCCGUGUAAAGAGAACUCUAAUAAUAUAUAAUUAAGUUAAUGCUUCGUUUUAAGUUCAACAAGUGUGAGUGAUAAUAGAAAUAGAAAAAACCCUGCUUUAAAUUUUAUUUUAAUGGCAGGUCCAGUGAUUGGAUAAUGUAAAAAAAUCUACCCCUUGAUGCAUGGACCCAAAUCUUCCAAAACGGUUUUCGUAGAAUUUUGAUCGGGAUUAAAGCGAGUGGUUACAAAAAAAUAAAGUGUGUUAUUUCCUUUCAUCUCAUGGCGUGUGGAUUCCUGUUACUGAUGAUAAUGACCUGGCCUCAUCUGUUACUGAUGUUAUAAUGACCUGGCUUCAUCUGUUACUAAUGUUAUAAUGACCUGGCCUCAUCUGUUACUGAUGUUAUAAUGACCUGGCUUCAUCUGUUAUAAUGAACUGGUUUCAUCUGUUACUGAUGAUAUAAUGACCUGGCUUCAUCUGUUACUAAUGAUAUGAUGGUUUGGCUUCAACUACAAUCCUAACUGCAAUGUUAUUUUUACAUGUAAUAUGUUGAUUUGUUUUGUGGGAUGACAAUUUGAACAUUUUACCUGUAUAAAGCCAGUCUGAUUACCUGUAUAGAUAAAGUCAGUGAUGAGAUAUAUCUGAUUGUUUAGAUAAACAGGUGUUGUGUUUUAUAAGUCAAAUUAUAACCAAACCUAGUAAAUAAGUCCACUUCAAAACAAAGAUUUAAUUUUGUAGAGUUUGUCCUAUCACAAAUAGAUUUAAUUGUGUGAGCUUGUCCUAUCACCAUAGAAAUAACACAUCUGAUCAACCCUAUACUACUUUAAUUGGACCUAAAUCAAAGAGUUUUAACUCCUUUAAUAAGUUGAGGUAAAAUAUAGCUCAGAACCUUCAUUUGAAGAUGGGAGUGUACUCUUACUACAUGUUGUCACUGAGAGCAUCAAGUGGUUGCUGUUUGUGAUCAUAGAUAGGUACAAUAAGCUAUCCCCCAUUAGUACUAAUAACUUCUCCUGUAUGCUGUU